UCAUUUUUAAUGCCAAACUGUGCAUUACAGUAUAUUAAUUAAAUUCCAAACAACACCAAUGUGAAUCACAUUUAUCUGUUUGAACUUUCUCUGUUUGCUUAGGCUCAACCCAGGAAAUCUAUUAGAGGUACAUGGACAGCUGUUCUCUUACAUCAUUAGGUACAAAGAGAAAUAAGUUAGAGUUCAUUUAGUUAAUCAGUAUCUUUAAGGUGCAGCUCAUAAAACCCAGGCUGUGUCUGGUUUUCUACAGACACACAGCCACCAUGGAGCUGCAUCUCUCUGUCUGCGUCCUGCUGCUGCUUUGUGCAACAAGAAGUUCAAAUGGAGGGAAGAUUUUGGUGUGGUACACUGAGGCCAGCCACUGGAUCAACAUGAAGCCGGUACUGGAAACUCUGGUGGACAGAGGACACCAGGUGACGGUCCUGAUCCCGAGCGCGUCGCUGUUCAUGAACAGCAGCGAACCGUCUCGCUUCCAGUACGAACCUUUUAACACCUCUCUCUCCGUGAAGGAUAUGGAAAAGUUUCUUCAGGAGUUUCUUCAAUUUGGCAUUUACGAGAUGGAUUUUAUGGGCUACUUUCAGAUUUACAUUAGAUUUAUAGAACUGAUAAAGAACAACAUGAAGUUUUCUUUCAGUAUGUUGGAUGGAGUUGUGAAAUCAGAAACAAUCAUGAAGAAGCUGAAGGAGGGAAACUACGACGUGCUUUUUUCUGAUCCUGUCUACGCCGGCAGUGACCUGACUGCGGACAUUUUGGAUAUUCCUCUCGUCUACUCUUUGCGGUUUUCCUUGGCUCAUAAUUGGGAGAGGAUGUGUGGUCAACUUCCUGCUCCACCGUCCUUUGUCCCCGCUGCUAUAAGCAAACUCACAGACAAGAUGGAUUUCUCAGAGAGACUGUUCAACGUCCUCUUCUACGCUCUGCAGGACGUCAUAGUAGACCAGUUCAUGUGGAAAGAAAUUGACAAAUAUUACUCUGAAGUCAGAGGAACACCCACCAAUGCCUGUAAGAUGAUGGGUAAAGCUGAUAUCUGGUUGCUGAGAACCUACUGGGAUUUUGAUUUUCCUCGUCCACUCCUCCCCAACUUUAAAUUCAUUGGAGGGAUCCACUGCAAACCAGCUAAACCUUUACCAAAGGAAAUGGAAAAGUUUGUCCAGAGCUCUGGAGAUGCUGGGAUCGUUGUUUUCUCUUUAGGAUCGAUGGUUAAGAACCUCACCAUAGAGAAAGCGAACAUGAUCGCCUCAGCGCUCGCUCAGAUUCCACAAAAGGUGCUCUGGAGAUACAGCGGAGAAAAACCUCAAACUCUGGGAUCCAAUACAAGAACUUACGACUGGAUUCCCCAGAAUGACCUGCUGGGUCAUCCUAAAACAAAGGCUUUCAUCACUCACGGUGGAACAAACGGGAUCUAUGAGGCCAUCUACCACGGCGUUCCCAUGGUGGGAAUCCCCAUGUUUGGUGACCAGCCAGACAACAUGGUGCACAUGCAGGCCAAAGGAGCUGCAAUUACUGUUAAACUGAACUUUAUGACUAUUGAGAGCCUGAGAGACGCUGUCAACACCAUCAUCAAUGACAAAUCAUACAAAGAAAACAUGAUGCGACUGUCCAGAAUCCACCAUGACAGACCCAUGAGUCCUCGGGACGAGGCCGUCUUCUGGAUCGAGUUCACCAUGAGGAACAAAGGAGCCAAACACCUGAGGGUCCAGGCCCAUGAACUCACCUGGUACCAGUACCACAGCCUGGACGUCCUAGCCUUCCUCCUCAUCAUAGAUCUGCUCCUCAUCUUCAUCCUCUUCAAGAGCUGCAGCUUCUGUUUCAAGAGAUGCUGCGGCAGAAAACAACCAAAGAGAAAAGCUGAAUGUCGUUGUCCUGGAGUGAACUUGUUAUCCUACAUCAUUCGGUACAAACAGGAGCAAAAAGACCACAGCUGGUAUUUCUAUAGACACACAGCCACCAUGGAGCUGCGUCUCUCCAUCUGCGUCCUGCUGCUGCUUUGUGCAACCAGAAGCUCAAAUGGAGGGAAGAUUUUGGUGUGGUACACUGAGGCCAGCCACUGGCUCAACAUGAAGCCGGUACUGGAAACGCUGGUGGACAGAGGACACCAGGUGAUGGUUCUGGUCCCGAGCACAUCGCUGUUCAUGAACAGCAGCGAACCGUCUCGCUUCCAGUACGAACCUUUUAACGUCAACAUCUCCCUGGAUGUGGUGGAAAGGUUUGUUGAGGAGUUCUUACAUUUCAGCAUGUAUGAGAUGGACUUCAUGAACCCUGUUCAGAUUUACAUUAAAUUUAUAAGUUUAAUGAAGCGCAACAUGAUGAUAACUUUUAAGUUUUUGGACGGAGUGGUGAAAUCGGAAACCAUCAUGAAGAAGCUAAGGGAGGGAAACUACGACCUGUUAUUUGCAGAUCCGAUCUACGCCGGCAGUGACUUGACUGCGGACAUUUUGGGCAUUCCUCUUAUCUUUUCCUUACGCUUCUCAAUAGCUAAUAACUGGGAGAGGCUGUGCGGUCAGCUACCUGCUCCACCUUCCUUUGUCCCUGGUUCAAUGAGCAAACUAACAGACAAGAUGGGCUUCUCAGGGAAACUGUGGAACGUUAUCUUCUACGCUUUGCAAGACUUUGUCCUGGAACACGUUAUGUGGAAAGAGGCUGACAGAUAUUACUCUGAAAUCAGAGGAACGCCCACCAGUGCCUGUAAGUUGAUGGGUAAUGCUGAUUUCUGGCUGCUGAGAACCUACUGGGAUUUUGAUUUUCCUCGUCCACUCCUCCCCAACUUCAAAUUUGUUGGAGGGAUCCACUGCAAACCAGCUAAACCUUUACCAAAGAAAAUGGAAAAGUUUGUCCAGAGCUCUGGAGAUGCUGGGAUCGUUGUUUUCUCUUUAGGAAUGAUGGUAACAAACCUGACCACAGAUAAAGCGAACAUGAUUGCCUCGGCACUCGCUCAGAUUCCACAGAAGGUGUUAUGGAGAUACAGUGGGAAAAUACCAGACACUCUGGGUUCCAACACUAAACUUUAUGACUGGAUGCCCCAAAAUGACCUGCUUGGUCACCCUAAAACCAGAGCUUUCAUCACUCACGGCGGCGCAAACGGAGUUUUUGAGGCCAUCUACCACGGCGUUCCCAUGGUGGGAAUCCCCACGUUCGCUGACCAGCCAGACAACAUGGUGCACAUGGAGGCCAAAGGAGCUGCAGUUGUUGUCGACUUGAACUUCAUGACAACUGAAGCCCUCAGAGAUGCAAUCAACACCGUCAUCAAUGACAAAUUCUACAAAGAAAACGUGAUGCGACUGUCCAGAAUCCACCAUGACAGACCCAUGAGUCCUCUGGACGAGGCCGUCUUCUGGAUCGAGUUCACCAUGAGGAACAAAGGAGCCAAACACCUGAGGGUCCAGGCCCACGAACUCACCUGGUACCAGUACCACAGCCUGGACGUCCUAGCCUUCCUCCUCAUUAUAGAUCUGCUCCUCAUCUUCAUCCUCUUCAAGAGCUGCAGCUUCUGUUUCAAGAGAUGCUGCAGCAGAAAACAGACAAAGAGAAAAGCUGAGUGAGACUGAAGUGAAUAAAUCUGAUGGCUGAAUAAAAGGACAUUUCAGAACAUAAAGUUGUAUCAAUAUGUGUUGUAUUCUUAAAAUUGUCUUUAAAACAUGCACAGUUGUA